AAUCUAAUGUUACUUUAAAAUCCUUAUCGAAUUUAAAUUGUUAGUAAUAAUCACGUUUACACGCGUCAAUAAUCAUCAAUCCUGUUACAUGAAGAUAUUAAAAUGGCUCUUACAAUGAUGAUGGAGAGGAAACCAAACUCAAUAAAGCACACCGCCGCCAAGAUAAAGACCAAAAUCCACAACACAUCAUCAUUCUUCAAGCUCUCUCUGAAAACUAACAACAAGGCCCUUGCUCUUGCUCUGGCUGCUCAGAAGCAGAAAACCAGACAGCUGGAGACAGAGACGGUGCGUUUGCAGAAAGAUGUGCAGAGCCUGAACUUUGACCUUGCCAUUCAACGUCAUAAAAACAAACAAAUGUUUACGGUUCUGCGUGAGUUUUAUAACAACUCUAUCAACUGCAUGGCAAAAGCGGUGGACCUUAUAUCCAAAGAAGAGUCAGCCGAAAGCUUGGACACAGAGAACACUGAGGAUGCUUGUCAGAUUGAAAAAGAUCUAUCUGCAGUGUUCCCCGAGCGGAGGAAAACAAGUCCACUCAAACGUGUACAACAGGAAGAAGUUAAAACCUCAAGAGUAAAUGUAUUCAUGGUACAUGAUAAUCAACCUCACCAAUCAUCUCCAAUCAGCAAAGAGAAUCCUCCUAGUCUGGAAACGGAUCAUACUGCACCUCAGAAUACCAUGUAUGACUCAGAAAUGGAAAUUACAGUAGUUGACACUGCUGCUGAAAUAGUCACAGUUCAAACUAAGCCAAGGAGACACUGUGAGAAUGAUGAGGAAGAACGGGAAGACAACAGAAAGAUUUCAAGGAGUUCAUCAAGCAGAACAGCUAGCAUUGUUGCAUGUAAUAUGGAAUCAGCAGAAGAGUCGUGUCAUUUGAAAGAUGUUACUGUGAUUGACUCAGCGGAAACACAACUCCAAGAAAGUAUGAGUCUAUGCACUUCAGUUUGCAGCAGCAAGAAUGAAAGUUUGCCACAGCAGCCAGAGCCUUCAUAUGUCCCGAGGGAAUCAGUUACUGCUCGCAGAAAGACUUACGGCACUUCUCGUUCCACUAAAAGCAACAAACGAUGUAAUUCUCAAAAAAUCACUGCUGGAUUUUCAGAUCCAAGAAAAACCUACGUAGUGACUCCACUCUCCUCCAAUAGUAUUUCCAACUCUAGUGAUCUGGAUGACUUUUUCAGUGACACAGAGGUGCAAAGCCAAAGAAAGAGCAAAAACAUCUCAAGUGAUGGUAAUUUUUGUAAAGAGAAAUGCAUAAAGGUUGAAACUGAGACAGAGAAACUGCAGAAUGAAGGGACUAACCUCAGGAAAACCUUUGUUGUUCCAGACAGAUCAAAACCAAAACGAAGCAGAAAGACAAAAGUUUCAUCAUUCCAUAUGGAUUUAUUCCAAGAUGAACUACAUGAGCAGGAGAGCGCUGUGUUAAUUGAUGCUUCUUCUAUAGAUGAUACUGGAUCUACCACGGUACCUAUUUUAUUAAACGAUUUCAAGGAAAUCUCCAUCCAUAAAGAAAAGCCUAAAAGUAAAAGAUCAACACGGGGACAUCAACCCAAUACAAUGAAAAGCAGAGCAACCUAUGUAGUAAGUACCAGCCAAAAUAUACUCUGCAAUGACAUUGUGAAUGAAACUAUAGACAUUCAUGCUGAAGAUACAGCAGAUAAUGUUUUGCUGGAAAACAAGCUCACUGAGGAACAGCAAGUAGAGCAAGAUGAUUCUUGUAUGGCCAGAAACAGAUCUUUUUCAGACAACUCGAUGGCUGUUAAAGAAAAACACACAGAAAAUGUCUCUGAAAUGUCCACAGCAGGACACAUUAAACCCAAGAAGCUAAAGACAGGAGAGAUAAAGAAAGUCAAGAAGAAGAAUGUAACAACAAGAGAAAAUGCUCCCGGGAAAAGAAGAGGACCAAAAUGCAGCUCUACUCAAAAUGAUAUGCCAACUAAAAUUCCAGUUCUGUCGUCCAGUCUAAAGGAAAACUGCACUUCCACUAAUUCAUCACAGCUGCCGUUAGAAGAAUCACAUUGUUCUGCUUUUGAGGGAGGCUUUGUGAACGAGUCAAGCCCCGAGUCUGAGAAGACAACCACUGUACAUUCAAGAAUCUUUAACCUUAAUAAAGACUGGGGUACAAGUUAUGACACUAAAGUUACCUCAAAAGCUGCCAAUCCAAGACAUUCAAGACAGACAAACACCCAAGAUCUGAAAAGUAAGUGCAGAGGAACGUUUGUUGUGAUGCCCAGUAGCAAUCUACCAUUAACAGAAAAGGAAAACACAGCCCCUUUAAACAACAGCUUUGAAGAGAAUGAAGAAUGUGAGACUUCUCGUCUCUCAGACAGGAUGUUUGUUCCUAAUCAGAGUCAUGACAGCCAGUCAACACCAAGAAAAACUGAUCGGCUUGGACAGACACAGAGUGAACUAUUCGAUGAAGAGAGGCCUCCAUGGGAAUCCCUUGAUUUUGGCUUCUCUGGGAGUCCGACAUGUUACAGUCCUGUGAAUGAUGACAGAGAAUCGCAAGCCACCUCACAAAGAAGACUGGACAUUUCACAAACUAUGGACACCUCGCAUACUAUGGACAUUUAUGAGGAACCUGGUUAUGACACGACACACCAGUCUCCAGUUGGGAGGGCAAUGAAGAGCUUAACCAACACAGACCUGACAGCCCCGGGUCGAACUCGCAGGAAGGCAGCACUGGUGUCCUACAGGGAGCCUCCUCUUAACUGUAAAAUGAGACGUGGGGACAAGUACUCAGAUACCAGAUUUUUAAGUUCUCCAGUGUUUAAGGACAAAAAGAAGCGAUUGAAGAAAAAUAAGAAUGAACUCCCAAUUUAUUAAUAGUAUUUUAAACUUGUGCAGUGUUUUAAUGUGUUUGUGUUCCAAUAAAAUUUGUUUUAUUUUUAAGUGUAUUUUAUUGUACAGUACUGUAAUCUAUAAGUUAUCAGGUUGUUUUAUAUUUUAGAGCUAUAAACUAGAUUGUUCAAAUAAAAAUCUACAAAGAUUAA